UGUUAGCCUCUGGAUUGUUGAAAUUUAGUUCAGAUUUCCUUUCGAUUCUAUAACAAACAGACCAAAAAUAUAUUCAGCGGAAUUGAAUAUUCAAAAUUGUAGUUGUUUUUAUUAGAUUUUGGUUAGGGUAUCGAAAACACCAGGAAAGUCUGCAUUAGGAACUGAAAGCGCAGCACUGCACUAGCGGUAGAAAAGAAGAAGAAAGCGCGCGCUUCGCCACACUGCCACCGGCAACAGCAUUAAAUCCGAUCAGAGAAGAGCCGAACUAUCAAUUCCAAAAUGGAGCGUAAGGCAACAAAACGUUCGCGGUCCGCGGACGACGACGAUGCUAACAACAAUGUUACCCAGAGCAAGGUCUGGGUGAGCCAGAAGAUGAGCGAUGCCCGUGACCCGGAGAAGAUGAAGGAGGUCCACGAGAAAACUACUAAAAUGCUAUUCGACGGCGCCGCCAGCAGUGGAAAUGGAAAUCGUAGUGGAAAUGGCCAUGGACAUUCACAGCAGGGCCAGUCCCAGUCUCAGAAUCUAACUGGAGGAGGAGGAGGUGUUAAUCAGAAUGUUAUGGUGGCGGCGGUACCGGUACCGGGACAGGGACAAUCAUCACAACAACAGCAGGAGGAGGAGCAACAGCAGCAUCCUGGUCAUGAUCAGCAAUCGGCAGCAGCCACAGCCGCUGCAGCCGCCGCUCUAUGCGAACAAUAUCAAUUGCUGGGAGAUGGAACCAUACUAUUGCGUGACCUGCGACCCGAUAUGGCUAAUCCGCGCCUGGAGCGCAAAAAGUCGCGCUGCUGCCAGCGCCAGACCCUCAUUCAUGGCGUUUGUGUCAAUUGUACAAUGGAUUUGUGCGAGGAGUGCGGCUACUCAUGCGGCGAAUGUUCGCAAUUUAUAUGCCGCAGUUGCGUUACCCUAUUCGGCAACCGUCCCGAUGAGGCCGAUGAUCCGCUUUGCGAACGCUGCCAGAUGUUCUACGCCUAAGGAGGAGGCAUCCCAGUGAAGCAUCCAAGUCGAGUAGACAGGUCCAUCCCAUCCACCCCACAUCCAACCCACUCCAUCCCACUAUCCACUAUCCACUAUCCCAACCCCCGCCCAGACGAACUUUCAGUGUUUGUUAAAUUUUAAGUUCUGAAUCAGUACAAAUUAGGCACAAUUUUUAUUUCUUCCCCCGAUGUAUAUAUAUAUAUAUCUCGCUAGGAAUAAAAAAAAAGAAAACACCAACUAACACAACAACACGCCUACUAACACACACCCACACACG